AUGUCCGUUCAUCCGGUCGUCGCACAACUGUCGGCGGCAGGGACGGACGAACUUCGACUAUCAAAAGCUGCAGUGGUGGUAGGGGGAUCAACUUACCUCCGUCUCUUCAAGCUUCCCCUCUCUCCUCCCUCUCCCCCCCUCUCCUCCCUCUCCCCCCUCUCCUCUCCUCGCUCUACUCCCUCUUUCCCCUCUCCUCCCUCUUCCCCUUCUCCUCCCUCUCCCCCCUCUCCUCCCUCUCCCCGCAUAUGUAGCCAUUACGGUGCACCAUACAAGCUGGUGCUGGUGCUGGGAGAUUCUGACUGUAACGAUAUCAACCCAUCUGCACCCCUCUUCCCACUCCCCACCAGCCCAUUGGCGCGCCUCGUGCAGCAGUUCAAGAACAAGCUGGUGGUGGUGCUGGGGGACUCGGUCUCCAAGAACCUCGCGGAUUCAAUCAAGUGCACGCUGCAUGCUGCCACUCCCCGCUCCAUUAAAACGUUCCGCCUUGCCAGCGGAAAAACAGAGCUUGCAGGGACGUGGAUCCCUCGCUACAACAUCCGGUUCGUGUCGGUGUUCUCAACGCACCUCAACAACGCAACCUCCCUGGAGGGCCAACCCAACGCUCAAGACAUCAAGGCGCUGUCGCAACAACCCGAGAGCUUGGAGUCAGUUGGAGGGAGGAGCACGGAUAGGAAUGGAACAGCUGAGGGGAUUGCAAGGAGCGCUAAUACGGUGGAGAGGAUUGAGACGAUGGCCAAUCAGCAGUCGCAGCGGAUCGAUCUGGACCAAUUGGAUCCACGCGUUGUGGAUCUUCUGCCACUCGCUGAUAUCAUCAUUUUCCAGGCAAGCUGCCUUUGGGAGUCAUUAUGGAGUAGACCACUGUGA